AUGAUGAUGAACAGCAUUCAUGUUGUGCUCCUCUUGACAAUUACAGUCGUGAUCACUUCUUCGCCAAGUAUUGAACAAAGAUUAUUCGAACACAAAAUAAAUGCCAAUGAUUCAGUAACAGAUAUGGCCACAAUGCGUCGUCGAUUUGCUUCGCUUGCUCUAGCGUGUGUUCAUCAAGAAUAUCCGACUAGAAUCGGUCAUGUUCUGAUGUCCGAUGCCGAUAUUCAAGCACCUCGAGAUUUAACUCCGAGUUUUUAUGGUUGUUAUGAUUGGCAUUCGGCUGUUCAUGGUCAUUGGCUUUUGGCUCGUCUAGCUCGAGUCGAUGCAAAUCUCACAAUAGAAUGUCGUCAAGCGCUGGCGAAAAGCCUUACAAAAGAAAAACUUCAAGGUGAAUUCGCGUAUCUCAGCAAUAGCCAACGGUCUUCGUUUGAACGACCUUAUGGAUUAGCGUGGUUUUUGCAAUUAGCCACUGAGUUAGAUGAGUGGGCUAAUGAAGAACAACAGAACGUCGACGAGAUUCGUCAAUGGCGAGAGAAUUUACGUCCAUUGGAAACACUGAUUGUCACCCGUCUCUCUGCUUGGCUUCCAAAGUUGUUAUAUCCUAUUCGUAGCGGUGAACAUAGCCAAACUGCAUUUGCACUUGGUCUUAUACUUGAUUAUGCUCGUCGAAUGAAGAAUGUUGCUUUCAUUGAAUUAAUCGAGCGACGUUCAUCGGAUUAUUUUAUCACUGAUAAAAAUUAUCCUUUCCCAUAUGAACCAUCUGGUGAAGACUUUCUUUCGUCUGGUUUAGCUGAAGCUGAUCUACUACGUCGUGUGAUGAAGGACAGAUCUGAAGACUUUGUUGCAUGGUUCAAUGAAUUUCUUCCACCGAAUGUUCUUCCAUCUACGCUCGAACCACCUUCAAUUGCUGACCCAACAGAUCCGAAAUUAAUUCACCUUGCUGGUCUAUGUCUAAGUCGUGCAUGGAUGUUAGAAGGAAUUGUUGAUAGUUUAUCUUUGGAUAGUAAACAAAAAGAACGUCGUGAUCAAUUACUUGAAUUGAGUGGAAGAAAUGCUCAAGCUGGAUUGAUCGCUAUCGAUGAGAAUCACUAUGAAGGAGGACAUUGGUUAGGCACAUUUGCUGUAUACUAUAUCACGCGUCGAGGAUUAAACAAUACUAGUGUCUGUCAAAACUAUACGACCACUGCUUUAGUGCUAUGUCUCGCUUCAAAAUUUUUUGUAUAA